AUGGUGGCCCUUGAUCAUCAAGGAUCCUAUCUGCCCGAGGGGUCCUCCUCGAGCAAGAAGCUGGCACACGAGAUCGGCCAGCACCUCGCGCUGCUCAAGACGCCCCUGCCCGUGGUGAACCGCGAGGGCCUCAUGGUGUCUUCCACCCAGACGCAGGGCUGGCUGUGGUCCCAGAAGGGCUAUCGCGGGUGGAAGAAGAGGUGGUUCGAGUGGCGCUACAGCGAUGUCCACGAACAGUGGAACCUCUACGCCUACAAGAGCCAGGACCACGUGGGCACGAGCAAGCUGCCGGCGAUCGUGCCGGGCAAGGUCAAGUCCGUGCUGCGCACGCUGAACGACGACCCCAACGCCAAGAGCCUGCUCAAGGUCACCUUCGUCCACGGAGAGGAGUUCAGCAAGAAGCAGCAGGAGACCAACCUCGAGGCCAUGAAGAAGACCGACGACGUGCCCACCAGCAAGACCUUCCUCCGCGUCUUCACCCGCAAGAGCGUGGUCAUGCUCGCUGCUGUGGACGACGACGAGCUCGGCCGCUGGGCGGGCGUCAUCACGACCUACGUUAAGGACCUCCUGGGCUCGCAGUACGACACGAGCGCCGUCGUGGCCGAGGAAGUGAGCGUUUUGCUCAAGCAGCAGUACUCGGGCUACCUGGUCAAGUGCCAGAAUCUCCUCAACGCCCUGGAGCAGAACGGUCUGUUCGAGGACGCGUGGAAGCACAAGAGGGACAAGAGCGGCACGCUGCUCGUGGAGAGCGGCAGCGCCGAGGACGGGUGGCGCAAGCACCGAUUCAUUCUGCAGGGCAAGGUCCUCUACCACUGGCCCAGCGACAAGGGGCACAAAUUCAUCAGGGCGAUCCCGCUCAAGUUCGCCACCAUCGAACACGAUGUGGACGGGCACCCCGAUGACCAGGGCCUCUUCCAAAUCACCACCCCGCUCGUCAGCUACGUCAUCAAGGCCAAGCACAAGGUGGCGAUGGAGGAGUGGGUCAACGCCAUCGAGCGGAACAAAGCCAAGCCCAAGCUCUCCACCGGCGAGAAGAUCUCAGAGAGCGUCAAGGGUGUGGCCGCGGCUCUGGCCCACUUCCAGAUCGGCGGCAAGCACGAGGAGCUCUACCCCGACGGGGUGCCGCUGCUCAGCCUUAGCGACGCCGAAGGAGGGCCUGGGAGCAUCAACCCCAAGAACGCGGUUCUGGUGGUGACGUCGCAGGCCAAGCAGAAGAGCUACAGCAUCAAGAAGCCCUCCAUGACCAUCGGGCGCUCGUCGGUCAAUGAGAUCGCUGUCAACGAUUCCAGGUUGUCGCGUGAGCACUGCAGCAUCGACGCGCUGGGCGACAAGCUCGUGUUCUGCGACAUGGGCUCGAAGGGAGGCAGCAAGAUCAACAAGGUGCGCGUCACCGACCGCACUGUCCUGCGGGCCGGCGACCUCAUCAAGGUAGGCAAGACCACCAUCCUGGUCCUCAACAAGUAA